GGUGAAUGGCUUACGGCGCGGAGCUGUUGCGAUGGCGAAGCCGCAUAGCGCUUAGUGCGACACCUCAGGUCGUCACCCCAGUAGUCACUUGAGUCCAGUUAGUCACUGCAACAUGUUUGUCAACGCUUUACAAAAUCUAUGAAAACUCGGCUCUCCGAGUCUGCCGGGGGCCCCCGGGCUCCCGGGCCCACACCGUUCGUCGCGGUUGCCCUGAUACUGAAUGUUUUAGGAUAUGUUGAAAUAUUUACACAUGUGAACAAGAUUGCUUGCGCAAGCGUGGGUGGUCAUGCCCUGGAUGUCGCUGAGCUGCAAGCCCACCUAAAGCCAGCUCUGGAGCGCCUUGGAGAAUUCCCGCAGCUAUGCGAGUCCUGCUCCACUGCGGGGCGCUUGGCUUAUCUCGUCGCACGGCCGUGGCUGACGCUCCGGAUUUUCUUCGAUACGCCGUUUGCUGAAUUGCCACGGACAGCUGCAUUUGCUUUUGGAGUUAUAUUCACGCUGGCCUGGCCAUUCGUGCCGGCCCGGAGGAAGCGCGCAUUCUGCGCGUGCUUUUUGUGGGCACUUGCCGCUGGCGAGGUCGUCUUGCCUCUUGGUCCGCUGUACUUCGGCUCCUCUUGGACAAGCCACACAGCGCACCUCCUGCCACUGCUGCCCACGGGCCCAGUCAUUGGCGCCCUGCUGAUGAUGCCGAUCCGCUUCGUCGCGCUCUACACCGGCCUCACCCUCGUCUGCGUCGGCCUCAAUUGCGCCCUAGUCGCACGCAAGUUGCGGCUGCUUGGCUCGCUGCCGCCAAUGGCGCCGCUGCCGCCCUCGCUAGCGGCGUUCUUCACGCGCCUCAUUAUCGAGUCGGUGUUGUAUGGCGCCGCCUCCUGCGCCUUCGCAUUCUACCGCCCGCGGCUGUGGCGCGCGCUCGGCAGCCGCCUAGCCGCAGCAGGCCGCGGCCCCGCCGCCGUGGGCGGCGCUGGCUCCGCCAGCGUAGCCAGCGUGGCCAUCGCCUCUGGCGCCUCCGGCGCUUGUACUGAUGGUGGCAGCGUCUUCGGCGACGUCCAGGGCGGCGCGGUUGUCAACGGCGCAGGCACGGCUGGCAGCGGCGGCGGCGGCGAGGGACUGCCCUGCGAGCGGUCGGGCUGUGGUGGCGGCGGCGUGGACACGGGCAAGGGUGCGGCACCCGGUGGCAGCGCUGAUGCUGAUGAUGCGGUCGCCGGCAACAGCAGCUUCAGCUCCGCCACUGAGACGAUUGAUGAGCCGGACGUGACGGCCUGUGACGGUGCCGCCGCGGACGCGGGAGGCUGCUUUGAAGCCAAUGGCGCAAACAGCUGCCAGCGGCAGCACCCGCAGCGGCAGUCGUCAGCGGUCAGCGCCGCAGAGGAUGUCACCAACGCUGCAAGUGCGUUCAGCGCCGGCCCUGGCGAGCGGGCAGCCCAGACGCUGCUGCCUCGGGCGAAGCAGACGUCAGCCAGCGGGGCCGGUGCAGCCGCUCUGGCCCCCGGUCCAGUGGGCUGCGGCCUGCCUGUCGCCGAGCCGUCAACGCCUUCCUCUGUUAUCACCGCAAGCUGCGCGCUAGGCGCCGCACAGCAGGCCUCCGCGGCCGCGGCCGCCAGCGGCGCGGCUGCAGCAGCUGCUGCUGCAGCAGCUGCUGCAGCACCAGCCUUCGCGGCGUCAGCACCUUCGACGUCGGCGCUUGCGGCGGCGCGUGCGCUGGUGGCGGCGUGUGGCGGCGGCGGCUCCGGGCCGGGCAUGGAGUACGUGCCGCACAUGUCGCUGCGGCGUGUGGUGAUCCGGCUGCCGGAGCUGGAUCCCACAGACCUGCCGGAGGGCUGGGCCGACAACCUGCGGGGGCAGCUGCUCAGCAUGCACCCGGACUGGCAUCUUCUGAACGUGGGGGUGCGGCAGGGAAGCCUCAUCCUGCUGCUGGAGCUGCUGGUGCCGCCGCCCCCGACCCAGCCGCCGCCCCAGCAGGCCCGGGCUCAGCUCCCGCCGGUGGCCUUGACAACGAGCCCGGCCUCAGCUGCCGCGGAAGCUGCAGGUCCCGCGGCAGCAGAUGGUUGCCCCGCAACUGCUGCAGACGGCUGCGCCGCAGCGGCCGCAUCAGCCGCUGCAGCGCCAGCGGUGCCCCUGGCGGCUGGGGACGUGCUGUCGGCGUUUUCGUGCUCGCUGGCGCCCCUGCUGGCGGAGAAUGAGAAGCGGCGGGGACAGCGUGAGCAGCAGAGUCUGCAGCAGCAGCAGCAGCAGCAGCAGCAGCAGCAGCAGAGCGAGCCAGAGGCUGGGAGUGCGGCGGCCGCAAGGCAUCGUUGCGGGGCGGGGGCUGUCGUCUCCGCGCUGGUCGAGGGCUGUUCGGAGGAGCCGAGCGCUUCCGAGCUGUACUGCUGGGAGCCGGAGGCGGGCGCCAAGGCCCCUGCGUGGCGCCGACUGACGCCCCUGGCUCCAGCGGCCUGCUGGGAUCCAAUGCAGCAGCAACCACAGCAAUCACGACUGCCAGGAUGCAGCCGCGCUGGUAUUGCGCAGGUGCUGGUUCAGGCGCAGGCGCAGGCACAGCUGUCGAGUGAUACGCCGGCGCCGUCGCCUGACGUAGCUGUCGCACUGGCGCCGUCGCUUGAUGUGGCUGUAGCACUGGCGCCGGCGGCUCUGCUGGCGGCGCUGCGCGCGCUGGAAGGCGCGGCGGCGCACACAGCUGGCGCCGGCCCUGCCACUGCCGCAGUCGCUUUGUGCGCUGAGGACUUUGCGCUCUGGCUACGGAUCGCCGUUGCGGCGCCGCUGACCGCGACUGCUGUCGCUGCCACGACGGCUACUGCUGGCAGUCAUCUGGCCGCACCGCUGGCGCUCCGCUACUGCCGAGCGCGCUUGCCCCUCCAGGGGUGCGCGGCUGUGCCCGAUGGGCACGGGGCCGCAGCGACAGCUAGCACUACUGCUGCGACGGCUGCUCUGAUGCACCUCCAUUCAUCCGUAAGCUCUGAUGAGCUGGCGGCAAUGCUACCAGGUGCGCCGGCAGCCUCGGCGGCGCAACCGGAAGCAUUGGCUUCGGGCGCGCUGGCGUUGAACUUGGAGGUCUGGCACAACCCCUCCGGCCUGUUGUGCGGCUCCCUCGCCGUUCCACUUGAGACAAGAUGCCGCCAGCCGUCGCUACAGCAGCAUCUGCAGCUGUCCCUGCAACAGCCCUUGCAGAGCCCCCAGCCGGAGGUGGCGGCGGCUGUGACGGCGCUCAAAGCCGGCGCGGCGGUCAGCUCCGCAACGGUGGCGACCGAGGCGGCAGCGGAUGUCGAGGCCGAGGGUAUGGGCAGCGGCCUGUGUAGGGCACGGGUUGCCGGCCGACAGAAUGCGCCGGCGGAGGCGAUGUGUUUGUGCAGCGCAAGUCGCCAAUUUGUGCCUUGCAGCGGCGGCUGCGAUGGCGAUGGCGACGGCGGCGGCGACGGCGACGGGGCCGGGGCUGCCCAUCGGAGCGGCAGCUGCUGCUUGUCACCAGCGGCCUAAAGAGAUGGAUGGGGGGAACGGGGAGCUUCCCUGUCCAGGACGGGUUCGUCUUCGUAAAGGCGCAUGCUAAGAGCGCAGACCAGCCAUGGUAUGGUCGGCCGUCGUAAAUUGAGAAAUUCUUCCGUGCAUGCUGCAUACGUGCGGCGGCUUGUGUCGGUGCAAGGAAACUGCUGCGCGGGGAAUGCAAUGAGUUCACUUGGAGUCAUGGCUGAAUGUAUGUGUGCAUGUGGGUUGCACUGCUGGGUUGCGGUUGCUUGGUUUACUGUUUGGCACUUGAGCAUGCGCGUAGUAGUGGUGUUGGCCCCCUGAGGGCUGCUGCAAAAGCGCUUCUGUGGCGCAUUCUGAUAUGGCGUUGGAUACCUGGUAUGCACUUUCUCGCACCCGUCCGCACCUGCACCGACCUUGUCGGCCCUGCUCACCUGCGUGACGGAGUGCUGGCGAGGGCGUGCGCCAAACGAUGCAGCGGCAGCAGUGUCGCUUGCAAUGCAUGCCGCACAGGUUCCAUUAAGGGAUUGGCAUAGAUGUGCAUGGGCUAGCAAUGGGGUGGCCACGCGUUUCUGAUGCUUGGUGUGUUCAGUGCGGAUUGUGUACGGUCAUAAAGAACAGCAGGGUGGGAGCGCUCCCUUCAGCUUUUCGGGAAGUGGGCUUGCAUUGGGUUGUUUCUCUUCUGAUCCAACGGACAUGCAAGCGGUUAUGCUGUCCUGCCCAGACGCACGGCCAUGCAUGGUCCGGGUGCCUCAGGGCGGACAGCUGGGCAGAGGCGGAGGUGCUGUAUACGGCAUUGCUGACGUGAUGGCGUCGGCGGCAGCAUUGCGCUGCGAGCACAACAAUAGAAAGGCACAAUUUCUGAAAAUGCGCGCUUGGUUGUUUGCAGGGGACUUUGCAGCCGCGCACGUAGGGCAUCCGUAUGAGACAGGGACUGCGUGGCAUUGCAGAGCACUGUUAACUGAGCACCAACCAGCAACUUAACGCGCUUGUACAUGUUUCACGACGCAAUGCUGCCUGACCUGAUUAUUGUUGCAGUUGAAGAACACGUGGCGCGAGGCAGCACUGAACCCCUCAAUGGUGUCGCAGGCCCGCCGAUGGGCUAUAUUUGCAGACAAUGUGUACGAUGAUGCUUGCAAGAGCUCUCACUGUAGAAGGCUAGGGCUAGGGCUAGGGCAACUCAGCUCGUUUGUUCCGUGUGCGUGUGGGUUCCGUGUGCGUGUGCUGCCAGAGGAAACGGUGCUGGCUGCGGCACGUGCGGCUGCCUGUGCAGGCGUAUGCUUGCGUGACCUGGCAUCAAGCGCGAGUUCGCUUGCUGUAUUUCUUAACAUAGGCGCACCGGGCAACAUCACGUUUUUACUCCCGCACGUGGGCUGCUGUACCAGUAUGCCCAGGAGCUGGUGAAGUCAAAGCUGAUUGCGUGCUGGCACGCAAUACUGGCACCCAGGGUUCCAUUGAGACGAAACAGGCGCAGGCGAUGGGUGCGCCGCGUGUUGGUGGUCAGGUCAUUGGUAAUGGUCAUGGCUUGCUCUUCGGGUGGAGGGACAUUGCUUAAAAAGUGAAGCAUUGCAAACAACUCAUCGAACACUCCACCGUGCCUAUGCAUCGAUGCUGCGUGUGGGGUCAUGAGAAAAGAGAGCUGCUUAAAGUUUGCGCUGAGCAUCGUGCACAAUGUAGUGCACGUGCGCAUGGCCGUGUGUUCGGUCAGCAUUGGUGGUUGACACCUGGGUCGCAUGGCAAGGGCGUCUGACACGAAGUGCUGGGACUGUCAAGAACGGAGGUGGCCAGGAACGUGGACGCGGGACCAGCGUGCGGCACAGCUUGUGCAAUGUUUAGGUGGGGGUCUUGUGGUUCACACAACCGUAAUGGUGCUGUUAACUGAUUUUGAUGGGGAGGGGGCACCAUACAGAUUUGACAGCAGGCACGCGGGGCCAAGCUUGCGGGCAAGGACGAAGGCCGAAGAGGUGGGCUGGCGCACAGGGUACGGCGCGAUCAGUAGGCUUCACUAAACCUGUAGCACUACGACGACGGAAAGCUGUGGCGACGCCCGCUACCCUGAUGUUGCAAUGAGUCAGGGCAAGCAGCUGAAGAGUCAUGAAGGGGCGUGUGUGCCUCUGUUGCCUCCAGGCCGGCGGCGUAGGAAUACCGUUCAUGCUGCCACGCUGGGUUGGCGCCGUGAAGUGGGGCCAGGGGAGGCUGGGGCUAUGCAGAGGUUUGGAUGGAAGCACACCGCGGCAGCGGCAGCACACAGACUGCGUGCAGUAUUAAGGUAUACUGUGGCUGAGCGGUGUGACUGUGUGAGGCGGCAGAGGCUCGGUGCCCGGUGCGCCUGUUGACGCGGGCGCGCGCCGGCGUGGCAAUGUGCGGCAUGCAUUCGCCUGCCAUGGUGUAACCCUAAUGUUUG